GUACAUGCAGUUAAAACUAUGAACUAUUUAGUGUCAUUAUUAUGUACGCUGAGCGACCAAUCAGCUCUGGUUGUGAUAUUACAAGAAAUAAAAGCACUUGGACUGCUACAUCACAAUUUACUGGCGGACAACAUCACGGAAAUCAGUAAAUUAUCGCAGUGUGGGUCAAGUGCUGUAAGAAUACUCGUACAUCAGUUGAAAGAUGAUCAUAAAAAAUAUUGUGGUCAGAAGGAAAUGAGAUCUGUGUCAAGUCAGACUGAAGGAACGGUUACGAUCAUCACCGUUGGUAACCCUGCGUAUCCUAGCAACGUGGUUGGUGUAAGACAACAACAACAAUCCAACAGUACUAGGUCAAGUCAACAAAGUCUUUCUAAAGCUUCAAGAAAUAGUUCAUCAAAUGUUCGAGCCUUGAAUGAUCGACCUGUAAGUCCCGCCUCCACUCUCGACAGAGCAUCAUUAAACAGUGCCCUUACACUGAGCAGUCAUUCUGGCUUGCCACCGGAACCAGUUCGAGAUGGGGUGCAGCAUUUUUGUGAGAAGCAUUUAAGUACGAUACGUAACUUCAUCAGCAGUUUAUCGGCUAGAAUACCUCUUCCAGCUAAAUGCAGCAUUGUUGAUGGCCGACAUAAACGGUAUGUAAGACUGAACUUUCAGUGUGGAAUUAAUGGGAAACAUUGUUUAUAUGGGAAACAAUUCUUUACGUUGAAUACAAAACUACCAAAAACAUGGAUACAUCUCAUGUUCUUAGCUGUUCAGGCCCAGUCACAGUCUGCUUUGAGUCAGCAGGAUUAUAACGUGAGCAGUUUGAAGGCAUGCUGGGAUGCUUUAUACCCGGAGAAAGGCAACAGUGGUUAUCUCACUCUCGUCACUUCAUCAUUCCCUGUUGCUAAGGACCAAGAUGCUUUGUUACAAGAGAUGCACAAUGUGAGAUAUUUUGAUGUGUUUGAGUUUAAUGCAGUGAAGAAGUACUGGGCAUGUUUUAUGUGUAACCAUCCAGAGAAGAUGUCAGAAUUGAUGCCAGAUGGCAACCCUGUUAUAGCUGGUCAGCUUAAAGAAAAGAAGGGCAGAUGGAAGUUUUUAAAGCGUUGGAAAACGAGAUAUUUCACAUUGUCUGGUACCCAGAUUAGCUACAACAAAAGUGAUUCUAGAAAAGAAACAUUACCAGUUAGAGAGAUACAGAGUGUUAAAGCUGUGAGAAAAGGUAUACGUGACAUUCCAAAGGCAUUCGAAAUAUUCACUUCUGAUCAGAAUUAUGUAUUCAAGGCCAAAGGUCAACAGAACAUUGAACCCUGGGUACAAUGUAUCCAUUUAGCUGUGGCAAAGGCAAAUGACGAGGGCGCCGAGGAGCACCAGGUUGUGGAGGAUAUGAUGUUACACAGACCGAGGGCUGCUGUGCGAGAUACCAAGUUAUAGCACUUUGUCUAUUUCAUUGUAAUUGAAGAAUGAUGCUAUUGGAUUGAUGUCAUUGGUCAGAUGCCAUUGGAUUGAUGUUAUUGGUCUGAUGCCAUUGGAUUGAUGUCAUUGGUCUGAUGCCAUUGGAUUGAUGCCAUUGGACUGCUGUUAUUGGUCUGAUGCCAUUGGAUUGAUGUUAUUGGUCUGAUGCCAUUGGAUUGAUGUUAUUGGUAUGAUGCCAUUUGAUUUAUGUCAUUUGUGAGAUGCCAUUGGAUUGAUGUUAUUAGUCUGAUGCCAUUUGAUUUAUGUCAUUUGACUAAGUUAGCACUUUCAUUUUAGCAUGCUAUAUAAAUGACUGAAAAUCGGAAUUACACUUUGGUAGAUAACAACACAAUUAUAAUUUUUAUCUUGAGGGAAUAUGUAAUUGUUUAUCCAAAGUUAAUUGUAACAGUAG